ACAAUUUUAAAUUGUUUUUAACAUUCGUAAAUCGCUUAUCCAUUGCUCUCUAUUACACCUGAAUAGUAUUCAAAAGCGAUUUAGUUCCAUUUUAUAGGCACUUCUUGAGUACUUAUAAUUAACUCAGUGGAUCUUUGUUCAUUGGAGUCAGCUUGGGCGUAAACCUCUCUAUAUAUUUGUGACUUGGUGCGUUGGUGAUUUGCAAAUCAUAUUUAUCGAUGAAGAUGUGUUAGUAGGAAGAUGUUAAGUCUGGAAAUGCAUUUCUAUACCUUUUUGUCGACGAUUAAAAGUUCUGGAGAAGAUAUUUGCUCAAUUACUGCUGAUAGCCAAUGACGAUAACGCUUUUCGUGACAUGCAAAGAGUGUUACCGAAUAUCAACAAGAAGGACUUUAAAAGAUGCUGUGGAACCACAACAUUCGUAGCAAACAACCGAAUGCAUCUAAUUUUCUUUUAACGUGGUCGCGUAAUGAAUCCGCUAAAGGCAGAAGAUAACUUGAAGUCGGAAACGUCAUCGCCAAAAACACAAACUAGCGAUACAGUUACUGGGUACCAAGGUGGUAACACGGCGGUGAAUAACAACACAACUGAGGACGAUGAUGAUCACGUGAAGCGACCUAUGAAUGCGUUUAUGGUUUGGUCUCGCACUGAACGACGGAAGCUAGCAUUGAAAUACCCAAACAUGUUGAACUGUGAGAUAAGCAAGCUUUUAGGCGCAGAAUGGAGUCGCAUGGGAGACGAAGAAAAACAACCAUAUAUACAAGAAUCGAAAAGGCUGCGAACAAUACAUAGCCAAAAGUAUCCAGAUUACUCAUACAAGCCAAGACGACGAAAAAGAAAGGCCCAGCAAAACCAAAACGUUUACCCACCAAUGAGUUUUCCAACUGGAUUCCCAACUGGAGGCCCUGUCCUGCCUCCUUAUCAGUUCCCAGCCUCCUAUCCGAAGAUGAUGUCGGACUCUUUCCGCCUACCCGGAACCGGUGUCGACUCACCUUAUCAUCCGGGUAUGUCGGACCCAUCAAAAGCGGGGAAUUAUUUCAACCCAGCAAAUAUGCCUUCAGCACAAGACAUGAAGUAUUUUAUGCCCGGCUCAAACGGCAGUGGUUUUCCACCGUCUUCAACAUUUCCAAACAUGAGCAUAGGUGGUUCAACUUCAGUUAGUGCUCCUAGUAACAUGUACUCUUCUAAUCCGGGACAAUAUGCACCUACUCUUUUUAAAGACCAUAGUUUUUCAGGUAGUAUUUAAACUUUACAAUAGUUUAUAGACCGCCCCAGCUUCAUUCAGAUGUGCGGAAAGUGCGGUAUAUUUUAGCUGUUUGCACCAUAAUCGGCUUUUUCUGCAAACUAAUUGUAUACUGAUUAGCAUUGGCAGCUUUUGUAAAUAUAAUGUUGUAACAUAUCAGCGACUUUGUAAAGCUUAAAAGUUUCUGCUACUAAUAAUAUUAGUUUUAGUUUAUAUUUCGACAAAAGAAAAAAUGUUUAGCACGACGCAAUGUUUUCUAUAUGAAUAUGUGUAGAGAAAGCACAACAA